GCUGCAGAGUGUAUGUGUGUCUGAGUACGUGGGUCAUUCUUGGAGAUAAAACGGCGUGUCUGUGUGUGUGUACAUUUAUGAGUAAACGUCUAAAACUAAAUUAGUUUGCACAAAUUCAUAUUUAAGUCAGCAUUGCCUUUAAACUAGAAGAAAACAGCCUGGAGAACUCAAGACUGUCACCAUGGUCGCCACAAGCACAUUGAAGACUAAAAGCAGCGAAUGUAUUUCCGAAUUGGUUGACCGAAGAUAUGACCAGGCUUGCAUUGAGAAAGAACUGGAUUUCUGGGAUCACUGUGUGGCUGAACCCCAAAGGAAUGCAGAUGUCACUGAAGACAGAACCUCUCAACAGUUGGCCAAGAUGUUUGAAAACUGCCUGUCACGAGCCAAGAAGACAACGCUGCACUGCUCCUCUGUGCUGGUACCAGAGAAGCUCACAAGGAGAAUAGCUCGCGAGGUCCUGCGGCUGGCAUCUUGCGAGCCCUGCGGCCUGCGCGGCUGCGUACUCUACAUCCACCUUGAGCUGGACAAGGGCUGCAAGCAGCUGGAGCGCAUCGUGUACGAUGCCACCGUGGUGCCCACAUUUGAACUGACUCUUGUUUUCAAGCAAGAUGGCACCGCCUGGCCCAGCCUACGGGACUUCCUUUUUAUGGGAACCUGCUUUGCCCCGACUUUCAGGCAUGUACUUAAACUGAGUCCAGGUUUCCGGCUUGUCAAGAAAAAACUGUACUCCUCCUCGGCUGGUACCGUGGUAGAGGAGUGCUGAACUAUGGGAGGGAUUAAAGUGGGAUAUGGGGUUUCCUGUGGGUAAACGCACUUCUGCCCAAAUGUAAGUGACACUCCAAUGGUGUCAUUUUCAACCGUGUUUUUGCACAAUACAGUUUUGUCAAUUCAACUAUUGGUAGCCAGUCAGUUCAGUUUUGAACUUCAGAUGUAAAGUUAAAAGCUGUUGAAUAAAUGACCCUUAUAGUUCUGGGUUUGGCUUCAGUGUUUCGAAGUGCAUUUUUUUUAUUGGCAAAAUUGUACAAUUCUGGAUGUUUUUUCCUACUCGAAGCAUUUGUUGCUCAGACACAAUCUUAAAUUGUACAUUUUAAAGAUGAAUGUAAAACUAUGUUCACAAUCAACAUGUUUGAGGGACAUACUGUGGGUACACGUUAGUUAAAGACACUAGCCACUUUGUUGAUGCAUCUGUGUUUCCAGAUGUGUUCAGCAGCAGUAAACCUACCUGGGCUUGAAUAGGAGACUGAAACGUAGUCUAUGGGGGGCCAUAUGUAGCUUGUUGUGGAAUGCUGUAUUUAGGGCUGUGGAUGUUUAAAGACUGAAUGUCUUGGGAAGAUGCUGCUGUGAUGGUGUGGGCUUCUCACACUAAGGGACUUUGGAUGCCUUAAAUGUAAUAGAAAUGCACUUUUAUUUGUUUUCACUCUGAGCGAUGUGUGUUUUAGUGUAAACGUUUUACAUUUUUAUACCCCUCCCCCGAACACCUUUUCAAUGCAGAGCCUUUGUAUAUUAUUAAAAGGAUGGUUCACUAAAAUGUAAAAGCUUAA